AUGAAUGAAUCAUCAUACUUAUCUACUAACUCCUCUUAAUGAUCUGCUUUCCAUAUAAGGAUCUCCAAUUUUGAAUUCCAUAGCUAUUUGAUACUUAUAGCUACUAGAACUCAACUUUUGCAUUUCAUGCAAUUUGGUCAUUUUAUCAAUUAAACAUGUAACCGGUAAAACUUUUCUUAACGAAAUUUUUAUACGAUAUUCCUAUCAUAUGGUAGACCAUAAAAUAAUUUUAAAAUAAAUUUUCUUCCGGACUCGGAUUUGUGGUCCUGAAACUAUUGUUCUGAUUUCACUAAAAAUGGGCUGUUACACAGAGCUUCCCUUAACUUUCUCUUUUUUGGAGUAAUCGAAGAAGACGAUGUAGAUUAGAAGAAGAUUAUAAACCUAAUUAAGUAAAAUUCUUUUUGCAAAAAAUAUCCUUCAUCACACGCAUAUAUAUACCUCUAAUUUGCACGGUCUCCAUAACCCAAAAUAACCGUCCAUCACUACUCAUUCUGUCUCACGCCAAGGAACCAAUCGGUUCCAACUUAAUUGAACUAGAAUUAGAUUUUUACUAAUUACCAAUCAGCCAAAAAAUUUUCCAAGUUUUCUAGUAGAGCCUGCCAGCUUGCUAUUUUAUUCAAUUAACUCCUUACCUUUCCUAAAGUUUGGGACUUUAACGAAAAUUGGGUGUGACAAUAUGUUUGGAAUGAUGAAAUGACGUAUAUGUUUGAUGAUUCUGAUAGAAUGACACUGAAUGGGAAUGUAUUGUACGUAUUAAAAUGUUGUAAGAUUGUAAUUGAUGAACUCACCUUAUUGAUGUGAAAUGUGAUGAUAAGAAAGUCAUAUAGUUAGCUAAUUCAUUAUGUUAGUUUUGAAUUGAGGAUUGUUUAUUGUUUUAGCUCAUAUGAACUUACUAAGCAUACAUAAUGCUUACUCUGUUGUGUUUUCUUUACUUGUAGUUAUCUUUUGUGGAACAAGGUGAUCGAAUCACUUUCGAGAUCACAUUAUUAAGCCUUCGAUUCGAUAGUCUUUUUAUCAUUUUGGACCUCGGUUAUGUGGCAUGUAUAUAGGAAAUAUUUUACAUAUGUGUUUGCUUUGAAUGUUUAUAAGUUUGAAUCAUAAAUGAUGCUUAAUUUUGAAUGGUUACAUGUUAUGUACAUAAAUAUGCAUGUUGGCUAUGUGCUAGUUUAUAGUUAAAGUACACGAAUGCUAAGGUUGGUGAUAGAAUGGUAAAGUAAUGGAUGAAUGUGAAUGGUAUGCAUUGUGAGAGCAAUGGAAAAUUGCAUGAUUGGAUAAAAGAUGAUUGAAAAUGCAUUGACGUUGUGUAUAAUUUAUGGAAGUUGCAUUUUGAGGACCAUUUGAGCCAUAUACUAUGGGUAUGUUUGUAUGUGAAGGUGCCAAAUUUGUGGCAUAUUGGUUGUUAAAAAUCAAUGUCUUUAAUAUGGAACGUUGGUGUAUGUUUGAAUAGUGUUUUGUGUAGGUUAUAUGUGUGCUUAAGUUUCUUUUUGAAUUGGUUUUAGUUUGAGCAUGAAAAUGGUACCAAAACUUGAGAUUUUUAACUUUCUGGCAAAAAGAAUUGGUACCGUAAACUGAAGUAUCGGUACUUUGCCAAAUGAACAAUAUUUUAAAUUGACAGAAUGUCAAUUUGGUAUCGAUAAAAUUGACUCGUUUUCAAAAUUUGAAAUUAGUAGAAUGCCAAAACGGUAUCAAUGUUUUUUAUAGUAUCAAUACCUAUCAUAAAAGUAUCAGUACUUUUUCCUUCAGUAUCUAUACCUUUCUAAAAACUUUGAAAAGUUUACAGUUUGGUCCUUAUUCAUGCUCGAGUCAACUUUAGAGCUUUCGUAAGCUCGAUUGAGUUUCGAUUUUUCUUGUAUACUGUGAUGUGCAUGCAAUUAUGAUUAGAAUUUUUGAUUAAAUGAAUAAAUGUUGAAAUUUAAAUGUGAAUUUUUCCGGUAACUGUAGUAGCAUCUCGUAACUCGGGUCCAACGAUCGAGCUAGAUGAGGAGUGUUACAAUUUUGGUGUAUGGGGUAAGGAUGAUAUGAAUAACAUAGGUUAUUGUGGUCAUAAUCACAUUGUUUAUAAUGAUUUUGUUGGGCCUUGACUUGAUAAGCUUGACUUGGUAGUUCAUGUUGGUCGAUUGGUGUUAAAGAGGCAGCUUAAUGGUGUUGUAGUUAAAUGUUUUAAAAAAAAAAUUGGGGGUUUUGAAAGCAUGGAGCUUUAUUGGGUAGAGACAUAGUUUUUGUUUUCUUCCCACAAAUAGAAUCAAUUGCUGAUCAAGAGUUGGGCUUGGUGGUUGAAGGUGAUUCACACUAUAAUUUCGAGAGCCAUUAAGAGAAAUAAGAGAGGUUUAGAGUGAGGUUUUGAGGAUGGUUUUAUUAUUGAACUAGGGAGAAAAGACUUGUCUUCUUUUGGUGAUGAUGAUUUUUACUUUAGUGUUGUUUUCUUAAUUCAAUAUAAACUAAACUCUUAUUUUUGGAACAAUGAUGAAUCUUAUUUCUUAGUUAAUUAAUUUAUUUUCUCUUCAAUUGUUUUAAUCCUUGUUAAUUAUUUAUUUAGUCUUGUGCUUAUUUAAUCUAUUUGCCUAAUCACCAAAUUGUAUUAAUUUGAUUACCUUGACUUGUCUUGGAAGAGAAAGUUAGGGUUGAGAUCUAGAAUUAAUAGAUUAGGAUUAACUUUAGUAGUGAUGAAAAACGAAUUAAUUUUUGGCUAUGAUAGGAAUAUACACGAUGCCAUAAUUAACCUAAUAGGUUUGUUUUUAGUGACUUCACCCAACUUGUGGGGAAGGGGGUUAAUUUAGAUAGAUACUAGAAGGGUAUUGUUAAUGCAAUUGAAUCAUUGAUUAGUAAUUACAUAGAUUGAAGAAUUGGAUGAGAGAUAAUUGAUUAACGCAAUUAGAUGAAAUUAGAGUUCCAAGUCUCUAAAAUUGAUUGAAAAACUUAUAAGUUUUAUUGUUUUAGUUUGAUAAAAAUCUCUAUAAUUUGCUCAGUUUAAUUUUAGUAAUAAUUAAAUUUUAUUUUAUUAAUCUAAAUUAGAUAAAAUUGAAUAAUUAAUGCUUAACAUCUUAGAAUUUGAGCAUCAUAAAAACAAUAUUCUUUUAUCACUUUAUUUUUUCAUCGACACAUGCAUUUGUGUUACAAAUUUUCCUCAACGCUCCAUUGAAUGGUUGUUCUACUACAUAGUGGAGUAAUGAAGCCCUGUGAAAGUACGAUGAGAAGUGACUAGAUCUACUUAGGAUGAGAUUUACUAUCCUAUAAAUAAUUGGUGGCAACAUCUGUACUAUGUGUGUUGAGAUGCAAUAAAUGUGACAAGAAGAAUGCGGUUUUCGGUAACAUAUUGUGGUGGUUUUCUGACCUCUUUGUUGGACAAACUCUGGAUUUCUUUUUGGCCAAGUAUUUUGGGUAUAUAUGUUUGGGUUUCAAAUGUAGCCUUCUAUUUCUCUAUGAUCGCCAAGAAUUCAAGACAAGAUGAAAUGGAGGCCAAAAUGAAAAGUGUUGCUUGACAGACAGUGCUUCUACCAGUACGAGGAUGCAAUGGUCAAACAAAAACGAACUGUAUAUUCCAAUGAGGAGCAGUACUACAAGUACCCAGGGCUAUUUUGGACUGGGUCCUAAAACCCCCACAGUCACACAUACAAAAGGGCAGGGAAAAGAAAAAUUAGUCCAAGAAGCAUGGACGAUUACUUUACUCGAUAACCAUUUCAAGAAGAAAGGGUUUUGGUUGUAGAUUUUGUAGAUGGCAAGCCGGGUUACUCGCUCAAGGAGACAACAGCAACCAUCUCAGCAGCCGGAAUAGCAGCCGAGAGCUCCAUGGACGACGUUCCUCGCGAAGACAGUUGCAGACCUGUUGGUUGAACAGGUUCACGGAGGGAAUAGGCACAACAAUUCUUUCAACAAGAGAGCUUGGAAGUCCAUGUGUGAUGACUUCUAUAAGAAAACUAGUUUGAAAUGGGACAAGGAGCAAUUAAAGAACCGAUAUGGGGUUUUGAGGAGGCAGUAUGUUCUCGUGAAAUCACUUCCUGAUCGAAGCGAGUUCAGUUGUAAUGAAUCUACUGGGGUUAUAAUAGGUACAGAUGAAGCUUGGUCUGAUUUUACCAAGGGUCAUCCAGAUGCUGAAACCAUAAAAGCCAGCGGCUGCUCAAUUUACAAACAGCUUUGUACUAUUUUCUCAGAGCCAAUGACCAAUGGGAAGCAUGACUACUCUGCUGAACUUGGUGGACAAGUUCCUUCCUCACUUCCUUCUUUGGAAUCAUUGAGCAGAAUUCAAGAAGAGUCCUCGUCCUCAUCUGAGGAAGUAGAGGAUGUGGCAGAUGAUCCAGAUGCAGUUCAACUUUCUGCUUCUGGUUUGAUUAGUAGUCGCAAAAGGGGACGCAGGGGAAUUGAUGAUGCUAUUGCUGCUGCAAUAUUGGAGAUGGCAGCAGCUUCGAAGCUGAGAACAGCCGCUGUAAAACAACGUAAUGCCAGAUAUAGUAUACCUAGUUGUAUAAAAGAAUUGGAUGAGAUUGAAGGCCUUGAAGAGCGAGUCUACUUUGCUGCUGUGGAGUUAUUCAACAAUCCUAAUGCUAGAGAAAUAUUCUUGUCUCUCAAAGGAGAUAAGCGCUUGACUUGGUUGCACUGCAAGUGCGUUGCUCCAUCCAAUGCACUAGAGUGAUAGAAGGCAACAUUUUAGUGUUUAUUAGAUUAGACAAACUGAUUCUUGUAUUGGCAACCAGUUAGAAACUCAAAUGUACGACUUUUUUCAAUCAUCAAGCUAUUUUAAGCUUUGGCACUGACACCCAGAACUUUUAGCAGAAAAUGUAUUUGAAUGUGCUUGGUUAAUGAAAAUUGAGGCAUAGAUUUGAUCA